AAACACCCAACAACUCCGUUCCCUAAUCCACAAACACAUCAAAAUCCCACCGACACAUAAAUUUAAAAAAAAAACGAAAAAAAAUAGGGGGAGAAAGAAGAAUCUACAGAGGAAAAAUAGAUCAAGAGGAGGGAGGAAUGGGAGGCUGCUACUCCUCCCAAUCCUCCAACCUCUCUGACGAGUCCAAGAGCCGCCGCUGCCUCCCCUCCAUCUCCUCCUCUGACCACGUCGACAACCUCGAUGACAUUGAGUGCAUCGACCUCGUCGCUGCUGCCGCCAAACCCUACUCCACCUCCAUCCUCAGAAACCCUUCCUCCGGCGAAGAAUUCCUCUGCAGGUACCAGCUCGGGAAGGAGCUCGGCAGAGGCGAGUUCGGCGUCACGCGAAGAUGCACGGAUAUCGAGACGGGCGAGAAGUUCGCUUGCAAGACGAUAUCAAAGCUUAGGCUGAAGAACUGUGUGGACGCCGCCGAUGUGAGGAGGGAGGUGGAGAUUAUGAGGCAUUUUCCGAACCAUCCGAAUAUUGUGCAGCUUAGAGAUGCUUAUGAGGAUGAAGAGGCUGUGCAUUUGGUGAUGGAGUUGUGUCAGGGAGGAGAGCUUUUUGAUAGGAUUGUCGCAAGGGGGCAUUAUACAGAGAGGGCUGCUGCUGGUGUCGCCAAGACAAUCAUUGAGAUUGUUCAGCUAUGUCACAAGCAUGGGGUAAUCCACAGAGACCUGAAGCCAGAGAAUUUCUUAUUUGCAAAUGAAUCAGAAACUGCUCCCCUAAAGGCAAUUGAUUUUGGUCUCUCUGCGUUCUUCGAGCCUGGUACGACCACAGGAUACUACCUUUCUCCAGAGGUCCUGAAACGAAACUAUGGACCAGAGGCAGAUGUGUGGAGUGCAGGUGUGAUUCUCUACAUAUUGUUGUGUGGCGUCCCACCAUUUUGGGCAGAAACUGAUGAGGGGAUUGCACAGGCAAUUAUUCAAUCAGUAAUUGAUUUUGAUAGGGAGCCUUGGCCGAAGGUAUCUGAAAAUGCAAAGGAUCUUGUGAGACAUAUGCUUGACCCUAAUCCCUCCAGCCGGUUAACUGCUCAGGAAGUCCUUGAACAUCCUUGGAUGCAAAAUGCCAGUACAGCUCCGGAUAUUCCACUUGGAGACACUGUCAGAUGUAGAUUACAGCAGUUCUCGGUUAUGAACAAGUUUAAGAAGAAAGCCCUGAGAGUGGUGGCUGGGCAGUUACCUAUGGAGGAAGUGGCCUGCAUCAAGCAGGUGUUUGACCUGAUGGACACUGACAAAAACGGAAAUUUAACGCUGGAAGAACUCAAAGAGGGACUCCAAUACAUUGGAUCAACUGUUGAUGAACCAGAUGCUCAGAUGUUACUGGAAGCAGCGGACGUUGAUGGCAACGGAACUAUAGAUCGUGAUGAGUUUGUGACCGUCUCUGUCCACCUAAAAAAGAUUAGCAGCAAAGAGCAUUUGUCUGAAGCUUUCAGGUACUUUGACAAAGAUGGAAGUGGAUACAUUGAAAUAGAUGAACUGAGAGAAGCUCUGGGGGAGGGGGAUCUUUGUCCUAAUGAGCAAGUGAUCGAGGAGAUCAUUUCUGACAUUGACGUCGACAAGGAUGGGCGGAUUAGUUACCCAGAAUUUCAGAUGAUGAUGGAAGCUGGAAUGGACUGGAGAAAUACUUCUCGCCAGCACUCACGAGCUGCUUAUAACACACUUAGUCAAAGAAUGUUUAGAAUUGAAUCCUUUGACGAGAGCUGAUAUAAACAUUACUAUCCAAAAGAUGAAAGAUAAAGUCAAUCCAAUUCUUCAUUAAGAUAUCUCAAGUGUAUACGAACUGAGGUUCCAAUUUUCUAUCUUUUGUGUGUAGUUUAGUUUUAUUAUCUCCCUUUCUGAUUCUUUCCAAGGCAUGUUGGCUUUUGUUUAAGAUACAUUAUAUAC